AUGUUUCAGUCGCAGCAGUUCGAUCUCCUCCUCUACCAGCUCAUGAUUAGCGAUGAGGACUUUGGAUUACUUGACAACCCUAAGUUAAAACUGCACAUCGCCAUGAAAAAUAAUGUAAGCAUCACAGCAUGUGAGUUCUUCACGUUGGACUUCUCUCUGGUCCUAGCGAUGGCAGCCUCUGUGACCACUUACCUAGUCAUUUUCGUUCAAUUUGGCCAUCCCUUAGCUCCUCGAAAUUGA